UAUUGGAUUGGAUUGGAGCUAGGGCAUGGCGACGACGUCUGGAUGCUUGGUCGGGCAAUGCAGGCCCGGCGCGGCCGCUGUUCAAUGGAAUUCCUCGCGCCCAUCGAGGAUCCAGUGCUCCGUCGUGGCGGAUGCGGCUACAGCGACGGAUUCACAGCAGGAGCUCCGGGCAGGCGCAGAUCCUUUGUUGCUACGAGCAGUGCGCGGCGACAGCGUCGAGAGGCCUCCCGUGUGGAUGAUGCGGCAAGCCGGGAGGUACAUGAAGUCUUAUCAAGACCUCUGUGCCAAAUAUCCUUCUUUUAGAGAGCGAUCAGAGAAUGCGGAGCUUGCCAUUGAGAUCUCGCUCCAGCCAUGGAAGGCUUUUAGGCCAGAUGGUGUGAUUUUGUUCUCGGACAUCUUGACACCCUUGACGGGAAUGAACAUUCCAUUUGAUAUCCUAGCCGGGAAGGGACCCGUUAUACACAAACCGAUCACAUCCAUGGCCGAUGUAGACGAAGUUACGGAGCUCUGUCCCGAGGAGGCCGUCCCUUACGUUGGACAAGCUCUAUCCUCUCUCAGAGCUGAAGUGGGCAAUGAGGCUGCUGUGCUGGGCUUUGUUGGCGCACCAUUCACACUAGCCUCGUAUAUCAUAGAAGGAGGCUCAUCCAAGCAUUUCGCGAAGAUAAAAAGACUAGCCUUUGGCAGCCCUGAGAUUUUACACGCUUUGCUCAAGAAACUGGCCGAGUCCAUAAUCAUCUACGUGCGUUACCAGGCAGACAAGGGAGCUCAAACCGUCCAAAUCUUCGACUCGUGGGCCACGCACCUAAGCCCGAUCGAUUUCGAGCAAUUCAGCCUGCCAUAUCUCAAGCAGAUAGUGUCCGAGGUGAAGAAAACUCACCCGUCGCUACCAUUGAUCCUCUACGCCAGCGGCAGCGGCGGCCUCCUCGAGAGGCUGGGGUCGUCCGGAGUGGACAUCGUGAGCGUGGACUGGACAGUGGACAUGGCCGAGGCGAGGCAAAGAUUAGGCAGGGACGUAGCGGUGCAAGGCAACAUAGACCCCGGCGCCUUGUUUGGCUCCAAGGAUUUUAUCCGGCAAAGAGUUAUCGACACCGUGGCCAGGGCUGGCCGAGGAAAGCACAUUCUAAACCUUGGCCAUGGAGUGUUGGUUGGGACGCCCGAGGAGAACGUAGCUCACUUCUUCGAAGUUGGAAAAAGCAUUCGAUAUUGAAAACAUAAAACAUACAUUGGGAUCUUAGUUUCGGAACA